CAAGGUUGUGGAGGAUUUGGCGGCGUAUCGAGCGGAUUGCAUCGACCGGUUGAUGCGAGAGGGCUGCGACUUGGACCCCGUCAUCGGCGACACCGAGGAAGACCAGCUCAUUGAAGAAGAAGAACCUCAGUAAACCAAAACUAUAAUGCGAGAAUGACUACAAACCGGAAGUCGUUGUUCAUGUUCCUGAUGGGGCUGGCGUGGAAGUGCCGGUUCAGCAUGCCGCUGCUGCUGAGCGGCUCGGCGGCGGUGCUGGGCCGCGCCUGGAUGUUCCAGGUUCGAGUCCGGACCGUGCACAGUCUGCGAGACCACGAGCUGGCGUACUACGAGGAGGACGAGGAGGAGGAGGACUCCUGGGAGACGGACACCAACGACUCCUGGGAGACCAUCAUGGAGGAGGAGGUGGCUUACGGGUAGACCGGACCCUACGUACACGGUGUAUGUUGCUACUGUUACUAAUAUCCUCUAGAGACCCACCAUAGAACAUUAAGCGCCACUUUCAUCAUCCCACUAACCUGGGGCUAACCGGUUAAUCCUGGAGUUACCAUGGUUACCAGUACAAUUUGACACUGGAUUAACGGUUUAACGGAUUACCCCGGGCUAGUGAAGUGAUGCAAGUGGUCGCUUAACUUCAAAUUCGGGUAAAUCCAUUCGACCCUUACAGCAAAUAUCUACCCAAUUACCUUCUUUUUUCUUAAUACCAAAAUCGCAUAAUCUGACAGAUGGAUUUACACGAGUUUGAAGUCGAGCGACUCAAUUUAAAUAUGUAUGUAAACCUAUAAGUAACCUGGUUUAGGCCGCCUUGUUUUUGGUGUGGUAAGCACGUAGAUAUAGAAAGUUUUAAGGGAGUGGGGGGGCACUCGAAGACGAGUCGAAGGUCGAAGAAGAAUCUUCAAGGUCGAAUCAAAACCAUAACAAAUUAAACACUAGUAUUAGAACUCUUCGGUUGCUCAUCGACACGGGUUCAUUAUCCUUAGGUCCAGCCAUACAUAAUUAUGAAAAAUCAAAAAUUUGUCACUGAAAUAUGAAAAAAAUUGAAUUUGAAAUCCAUAGAAUAAGAAUAGUUGAUUUUGUGUUGUUUGAAAACUGAAAGAAACAAGGCAAAAGCAACUCUGUUCCAAUCGAAUAUGAUUUCAAUUUCACCGAACUGAAUAAGUACUAUAGGGCUUUGGUCCGUUUUCAUAACUAUGGUUUUCGUAACUGGCUGCCAAAGAAGAUUAUUUUUUCCUAUUUCAUAAUUAAUUAUCAAACAAGAAUUUACUUUCUGGUUUCGUAAUCGAGUUUCGUAACUGGUUAUGAAAUAAGAUUUUUUUUCUGUUUUCGUCUGGAUUGGCUACGAAAUAUGAAUUAUUUUUCGCUGCUUCGUAAUUAGUUAUCAAACAAGAAUUUAUUACUCUUUUAGUAAUCGAGUUUCGUUAUUAAAUUCGAUAUAAAGGAUUUUUUUUCUAUCCUACUAGGAGAAAGAAAGCGUCCUAAGUUUUAUUUUUAGGUUCCGUUACAAUUUUUCAAACGCGUUGUACGGCGGUUACGGAAUGGAUUAUGGAAAACAAAUUGAAAUUUAUGAAAAUUUUCAGAAAUAUAUGCCUACUUUUUCGAAGAAGGAUGGAAUCAGCUCAUGAUUCUGAGUAUAUAAAUAACAUUAAAUUUGUCUUUCUUAAAAAAAGGUGUGUAUCGUUUUACACGAGAAAGGUACUAAGUGUAUCCCACGAAAAUGUCCAAUUAUGAAAAAAGAAAAAGUAAUAAGUUUUUAUAAUUAAUUACGAACGAAGAAAAAAUACUCGAUUACGAAAGCAGAAAGUGAAUUCUUGUUUGAUAAUUAAUUAUGAAACAGGAAAAAUAAAUCUUCUUUGGCAGCCAGUUACGAAAACCAUAGUUAUGAAAACGGACCAAAGGACUAUAGGUAGGACCUAUGGGCCUUAGGAGGAUAAUUCGUUUUGACGAGUUCUGGAGUUCAGGUUGUAUUGAAAACCGUAACCAAACGGACUAAAAAUUUUGGGGACACGUUUUUUUUUCUCAGAAAAAAUGGAAAAAACUCGUGAUUCUGAAUAGAAAUAAUAUAAAAAUUCCCAAAAUUUUGGUACAACUUUAAAUACAAAUGCCCAGAAAUCUAAUUUAACACUUGUUACUUGCCAAAUUAAUACUGUUGGGGCUCUGGAGGAGUUAUUUAGCUUAAAAAACUAUCAUUUCUUGAGAUGCCAAAGUUAAAAUGUACCUAAUUAUGAUUCUACACUAAUUAUAAUCACAAGAGUUGGUGCGAAUGUAAGAAACGUAACAUUGUUGAUCUGUCAUGUCAAUUUGUACAGGUCUAAACUUAGAGGAUAUAACCAAACGGAGACGCCUUGUCUGUAAUUUUCGGUACAAAACAGUCUGCCGAUUUUUGCGGAGAAGGGGCAUGUCAAAUGUAUACGUAACGUAAAAAUAGGCAUGUCAGAUAUAAAUUAAAUUAAAUUAAAUAAUUCUUUAUUUGAGGCCUGUGAUAUACGUCAGUCCAUACAAUGUGCGUGAUUAUUGGCCGCCUAUUUCCAACACAAGGCCUGUUAAUAGCUACUCCGUUUGGUUAUAUCCUCUAAGGGUCUAAAACCUAAAACCUUGCAGACCUUAUUUUAACACACUCACUGCCAGCGACUCCCUAGGGGAGUUCACGGUUCGUAGGCGCUUUUCGCUACAUACGGUGUUUCCCGUGUUAUCGGCUACGCUCGUAGCGCGUAGCUCGGGCUGGCACUGAAUGUGUGAAAUUAAGGGCAGGUAUUUAAAUCUUAGAACGCUUUUUGUCAUUAACCCCUCGGAUGCUUAGACACGGAUCCGUGCGUGUGAAUUAAAAUCAUUUUUUUUUAAUGGCAAGGUCACUUUUUCAAUGAUUAUAUUAAUUGACAGGCCGCAUACGAGGCGUUAACACAAACGCCAAGGUCCGGGCGCAAGCGAGCUAAUGUAAACCUUACUCGAGAGUAUUGAACUAUUAUUACUAACGUAUAGAAGCGGCACACGGAACCAGUGUUUUGCGCCAAGAGUUGAUGUUGUUUUGACAACAAAUUAUACCUCGCGACCUACAGGCGUAAACGUCAACGUCAUGAAUUUUGUGGUGCUUUAGACGUUUUGUUAGUAUGCUUCUCUAUAGCUUCUCACUAAAGGCCUGGGGCCAAAUUCGACACGUACAACUGUCAGAUUUCGCAUCCACGUCAAAUCAACAGUUGAUUUUAUUGCAUACUGAGUGUUGAUUCCAUCAACGGUGGAUAAUAUCAUUUGGUACAACCAAAACUCAACUCUAAACUAAGGGUGGUUCGGUUUGGUUUGCUUGUCACCCUAACUGUGGAUUGUUAAUGUCAAAUUUUGACAUUGUACGUAUUCGAGAACUUAUGAUUUUUCCCACAUCAACGGGAGAUCAACACGAUACGUCAAACGUCGCUUGUCGAAUAGGGGUCCUGUGCACACCA